AUGCUGCCAACGCCCAUGCCUCAACCGCUCCUGCUCAUCGCUCCACCAAUGUCGACAACGCCUACACCGCUCAAGAUCCCGGGAGAGGUCUCCUUUGUUAGGGAAGAUCUCAUCAAGCAGCUCAAUCUUCUACGCUCACACUCGUCAAUGUCAAUCAUUGGCAUUGGUGGCAGAAAAUCAACAACUACUCGAGGCAUUGUGUCAUUGACGUUGCAUUCCAACUACAGCAACGCAUCAGUGAGACUCAGAGCUCACGUUCUUCCAACAUUGACGACCAUCUUGCCAUCAACCAACAUGGAUCAUCAAGAAUGGCCUCAUCUCAAAAAUCUCAAGCUCGCUGACCCAGACUUCAUGGUGCCGCCUCGCUCAAUCGACGUGAUCAUCGGUGCAGAUUCCUACGGGCAUGUCAUCAAGCCCAAUCUCAUCAAGGGUUUACCAUCAACGCCUAUCGCUCAACUCUCAAUCUUUGGUUGGUUGGUUAUUGGACCAGUGGGCUCAGCAUCAACUCGAGCGCUCACAUCUCACCAGGAAGAGGUUCCAAUCGCCAACCAAUCUCAACGCACCCCUAAAGAGCAAGAGUGUGAGGAUCACUUCAGAACAACUCAUUUGCGGGAUCCGGAUGGGCGAUACAUCGUGCGCAUCCCUCUCAAACUGCCUUCAACCAUGUUGGGAACUCGUACAACACUCGCUCAUGCUUGUUUGAAUCGUACUCUACGCAAGCUCAAGAGGAAUGAAGAAGAUCUUCACCUCUAUCAAGAGUUUAUGGAGGAAUACGAGAAUCUGCAGCACAUGAAGAGAGCAUCAUCGCGCUCAUCUCAACACUCAACAACUUUCUAUCUGCCUCAUCAUGGUGUUUUGAAACCAGACAGCCCGACUACGAAGCUGAGAGUUGUCUUCAAUGGCUCAAGCUCAACAUCUUCUGGAUAUUCUCUCAACGACAUCAUGCACACUGGUGAAACCUACUGCUCAACAUCGCUGACGUGCUCCUAUGGAUUCGUCAGCACAGAUACACAUUCUCAACCGAUAUUACCCAAAAUAAUAUUGUGGGUGGAUAAGGACCUGCAAGAGACUCAAUUUCAGCUCACUACGGUCACCUACGGUACCAAGGCAGCACCGUAUCUUGCGGUCAGAACAUUGCUGCAAUUAGCUGAGGAUGAAGGUCAUCAUUAUCCUCUGGCCGUACCAUCGAUCACUCAUGCCAGAUAUGUCGACGACAUCUUUGGAGGAGCAGAUUCACCAGAAGAUCUCAAGAAACUCGCUCAUCAGCUUCAAGGUCUGUGCAACGCGGGCGGUUUCCCACUUGCUAGUGGCAUUCAAACUGCCCCGCGCUACUCGAAGCCAUCUCACCUGAAGCUCAUGCUCAAGGCUCAUCACUCUCAUUGGACGACUGCAAAACCAAAAUACUCGGAAUGCAUGGAAUUUUCUCAAGGAUACAUUUACAUUCUCAUCGAAGGAGGACUCAUUCUCACCCCCCAACCAAGAUAA